AUGUCCUGCCGCUCCUACAGAAUCAGCUCAGGAUGUGGGGUCACCAGGAACUUCAGCUCCUGCUCAGCUGUGGCCCCCAGAACCGGCAACCGGUGCUGCAUCACUGCUGCCCCCUACCGAGGGGUGUCCUGCUACCGGGGGCUGCCAGGCUUCAGCAGCCGCAGCCUCUGUAACCCGGGGUCCUGUGGGCCCCGCAUGGCUGUUGGGGGCUUUCGUACCGGCUCCUGCGGCCGCAGCUUUGGCUACCGCUCAGGCGGGGUCUGCGGCCCCAACCCGCCCUGCAUCACCAGCGUGUCCAUCAAUGAGAGCCUCCUCACGCCCCUCAACCUGGACAUCGACCCCAAUGCACAGUGCGUGAAGCACGAGGAGAAGGAGCAGAUCAAGUGCCUCAACAGCAGGUUCGCUGCCUUCAUCGACAAGGUGCGCUUCCUGGAGCAGCAGAACAAGCUGCUGGAGACCAAGUGGCAGUUCUACCAGAACCGCGAAUGCUGCCAGAGCAACCUGGAGCCACUGUUUGAGGGCUACAUCCAGACGCUGAGGCGGGAGGCUGAGUGUGUGGAAGCCGAUGGUGGGAGGCUGGCCUCGGAGCUCAACCACGUGCAGGAGGUGCUGGAGGGCUACAAGAAGAAGUAUGAAGAGGAGGUAGCUCUGAGAGCCACAGCAGAAAAUGAGUUCGUGGUUCUAAAGAAGGAUGUAGACUGUGCCUACCUUCGGAAAUCAGACCUGGAGGCCAAUGUGGAGGCACUAGUGGAGGAGUCAAGCUUCCUGAAGCGCCUCUAUGAAGAGGAGAUUCGUGUUCUUCAAGCCCACAUCUCAGAUACCUCAGUGAUUGUCAAGAUGGACAACAGCCGAGACCUGAACAUGGACUGUGUCGUUGCUGAGAUCAAGGCUCAGUAUGAUGAUGUUGCCAGCCGCACCCGGGCAGAAGCCGAGUCCUGGUACCGCACCAAGUGUGAAGAGAUGAAGGCCACAGUGAUUCGGCAUGGGGAGACCCUGCGCCGGACCAAGGAGGAGAUCAACGAGCUGAACCGCGUCAUCCAGAGGCUGACGGCUGAGAUAGAGAACGCCAAGUGCCAGCGGGCCAAGCUGGAGGCUGCUGUGGCCGAGGCAGAGCAGCAUGGAGAGGCGGCCCUCAAUGAUGCCCGCUGCAAGCUGGCUGAGCUGGAGAGCGCCCUGCAGAAGGCCAAGCAGGACAUGGCCUGCCUGCUCAAGGAGUACCAGGAGGUCAUGAACUCCAAGCUGGGCCUGGAUAUUGAAAUUGCUACCUAUAGGCGCCUGCUGGAGGGCGAGGAGCACAGGCUGUGCGAGGGCGUGGGCUCUGUGAAUGUCUGUGUCAGUAGCUCCCGCGGUGGCGUCACCUGUGGGGGCCUCACGUUUAGCACCACCCCAGGGCGCCAGAUCUCCUCUGGCCCCUCUGCCACUGGGGGCAGCAUCACGGUGAUGGCCCCUGACUCCUGCAGCCCCUGUCAGCCCCGAGCCUCCAGCUUCAGCUGUGGGAGCAGCCGGUCGGUGCGCUUUGCAUAG